AAACAAUAAGACAUGGUGUGCUUUUGUUUUCUGGUGGACCAAACUCGGGAAGUAAGGCGGAGCAAGCCUGCAGCAGGGGUUUGUUCUAGGUGCGGCGGGGGAGCAAGCGUGGAGGAUAUGAAGACCUCCACCAGGUUCUGCCUUGUGCUAUUGUACUGGAAAUCAUGGAGAGCUGUUAUGUGCACUUAUUGUGGCGCCAUUCUUAAAUCUUAUCACUGAUUAUGUUUCUUAAUUACUGAGAUCAAACCCUCGAAACAUGCUUUGCUUUCUCAUGUAAUGUUAUAUAUGAACUUAUUUUAUUCUUCUCUUCAAGGAUUAUUACAUAAAUUACAAAGAUGUGCAUAAUGAUUAUCAUUUAAUCCUUCUUCUGCUUGGGAUGAAAUUCGUGAUCAUUUCAAAUACAAUAAUUUACAUCCCGCUUGUGGCAUGGUCAUAUAACUUAUAUAUGUGUGGGUGCUCGGGGACAAAAGUGAAAGUGCACUAAUUUUAACUUAACGUUAUUUUUCUACUUUCG